AUGGUAAGAGGAAAAAACGAACGUAAUAACGAUGAGGCAAAAAUUUGGGAACCACCAAAAGAUGAACUAGAAAGAAGCGUCGCAGAUCCUUUUGACGACGAAUGUUGUGAUAGAUCUCGGUUCAAUACACCAUGCUUUUUCGGCAAAUCAUCAGAAGACGCAAAUCUUAAAUAUUUGGAACAACCAGUUAUGCAAGAGGAAUUAGAUUCGAAAUUCAAGAUCAUUGUGAGUAAUCUUCUUGAAUCGGGGGCUGUUUCCUCCUCAUCCUCUCAUUGGGUCGAGAUCAUUGCUAAAUUAUCAUGGGAGGCUGCUCAAAUUUUGAAUUCCUUUAUUAGUAGAAAGCCCAUUGAUCCAAAUGCAUACGUCAAAGUGAAAUGCAUAGCAACAGGUUCUUGCAACGAGAGUAAAGUUUUCAAAGGGUUGGUUUUCACAAAACAUGCUGCUCAUAAACACAUGGAAACUAAGUAUGAACAUCCUCGAAUAUUGCUUGUCAAAGGAGAAUUGGGCCAGUGCUCAAGUGAUUUAUCUUCUUUCAAGAGAAUGUUUCAGUCAGAGAAGCUUCCCAACCAAAUGUUAUUAUGGUCAGUGGAAAAAUCGGUUUCGCAUGAUAUCCUAAUGCGCAUUCUACGUAGAGAGCUUACAUUGGUGUCAGACUUGAAUUUCCAACGUCUACAGAGGAUUUCAUCUUGUUUUGGUACGCCAAUAGUACCAUCUGAUUCACUGCUUAGUCACAACCUGAAGCAUUGUCACUCUUUUCGCAUUGAGAGUCCUCUCGAAGAGCAUAACGUUGCAGGUGAAAUUGGAAAAAAGAAGAGUAAAUCUUUGAUGUUUCUUGAAGGAUGCCCAACUAGCCUCGGAUGCACGAUAUUGCUGAAAGGAAGUGACAGUGAUGAAUUGAAAAGAGUAAAAAAAGUGGCUGAAUAUUCGGUUACAUUGGCAUAUCAUCUAAUCCUAGAGACUUCUUUCCUUGUUGAUCAGCAAGAAAUGCUCUUCUCAACUCCACAAUUGCAAGAAUAUGUUUCUGAUGCAAUUAAGAGGUCUAGUGGGUUUUCUUCUCCAUCUCUACCUAAAUAUUGUGGUCGUUUGGCGGAUCAGAACGCAAAAACUCGUGAUCUUGAUGAAUCUAUAAGGAUUUGUUUGGAAGAUAGAAAGCAUGAAUUGUUAUUUGACCCUAGACUGUUGAUAAACAAGAAUAUGGAUGAGGAUACUGGACUGGCUUGGAUUCUUCGAAGGAAUGCUCGUAGUGGGAUAUACUGUGACCCGAUCCCGAGCCACUUUGGAAACAUAACUUGUUACAAAAACGUUGAUGCUACCCUUGAGAAGUUCCUGCGAAAUUUGUUUAACAGGGCAAACCGAUGCAAUGCAUGCGAGGAAUUUCCGCAAGCACAUUUCUACUAUUAUGAACUUCGAAAAAUUCAGCUAAGAAUCCAGUUAAAGCGACUUCCUGUGGGGAAACACUUACCUGGUGAGGCCAACGGAAAUAUAUGGAUGUGGAGUCGCCGUGGCGAACAUGAUGUAUCAAAGAAAGUGUUGAUAUCCAAUGCUGCAUGUAACCUCUCUAUUGGAAAGUUCUUGGACCUCAGCGUUUCCCAACAAACUCUACUCGAUAAAAUGUCGACCUCUGGCCACUCUUUACUUCAGUUUUUUGUAUUUGGUUACAUGGUUGAUAUGUUUAGUUACUCCCAAGUCGCAACUUACACGGCGGUUAUGCCACCGCUGAAGCUGGAGGUUGGCAUUUCACUAAGAGUUAGCUGGCUCGAGAAAGAAUUUCAAAGUGUUAUCACUAAAAGGACCUUAAUGUUGGACGAAGUCACUAAUUUUGUAAAGCAACUAAGGUCAAAGAAAAAAAAUUCAGGUCUAAGUCUUUCUACUAUCGAGGAGAUAUCGCAAGAGGAGCGUUCUGGAUUUGAGGAAAACAUAAAGAAUUUCUUUGAAAAGGCUAAAACCAAACUGCUUAGUCUAAAUCGCAUUCGGUGGGAACUUUUUCUUCAAGCUCUCGUCUGGAACUAUCGGCUAUAUUCAUUGGUUUUACAAGUUGGGUAUAUUGAUUUGAUAGAAGUAUCAAGUGAGCAAUACAGAGAUGCUUCAGUUAUUGAUUAUUCAAAGGAUGAUCAAACUUCUGUCUCUAAUUGGCCUUACAUCGAGAAAUGGUUUUGGAUUUCGUUUGAAGAACUACGCUCGAAAAGCGUAGUUGAAAUUGAGAAAGAAUACAUGUUCAAAUUCAAGACUGUUGGUAAAUGUUUCCAAGAAAACCUAGAUAUAGUCAAUAAGAUAAUCGUCGAGGAAGGCUCUCGGUUGCAUCUCUCUCUAGGGGAUGAUCAUUAUUUUGUUGUGUCGAAGACGAGCUCUCAAGUUUGA